UUUGUGUAUGAGUACUGUAGAUGAACAUUAGCUAUAUGUGUAUUUGCUACGUAAUCGAAUGUUAGCAAAUAACAUAUAUUGUACGUAAAGUUUUUGAAAGUAAAUCUAUGGUAUUGUAAUGUAUGCGUGAGCUUACAACGCGUGCAUUUGUUAAAGAAAAAUAUAAUUACUGGGUUACCAUAAGUCUUAAUAUUUAGUGUGACUUCAGAUAAAAUUUUGAUAUUUUCCAUGUUGUAUAUUAGACGUAAAAACGGUCACGCGUAUAUAAAUAUAUACGGCCGAAAAUAUGAACUUCGGUUGUUAAACAUUUCAAACCAGAAGCAACAAGAUAUCUUCUGAUCUGUUCGUCAGAGUUUGUGUUUUAUGUAUACAUUUAUGGUAUGGUGCGUGAUCUGUUGCAUUUAUAUGUGCGAUUUUGUUAGCACCCAAGAUUUUUGUUGUGCUUAAAAGGAGAGAAAAAUAAAAACUGAACAAGAAAGUUAUAACUAUUUCAAGGCGAAUCUUAGACACCUAUCACUCCGAGGAAACAUGAAAAAAUUAUGUUUUUCAUUUAGCCAUUCUGGGCAUGUCUUCCAUAAACUUUAAGUAUAAAUAAAAUUCUACAAAUUUCAUGCCAAGUUGCAUAUCGCACAACGUCUACUACAAUUCCAACUGCGGUUUCUAUGGGAACAACAUUUGAAACAAUGCUUCCACCUCUCCAGCUUUCCAAAACAAAAUACAUAACAAAUUUCUUCGAAACCCUAAAAACAACAUUGAGAAAUACAAGAAAACUUCCAAAUAGCACACACCGUAACAAUCAAUGUAAUAACAAUACACCUGCCAAAAUACAGCAAUGUACAAACAAAGUACAAUAUCGCCAUAAACAAAAAAAAUGUUCAGUUGACGCUAUGUUAGUGAAAUUGGCUGUAGUAGGAAUAAUGGUAUUCUCUGAAGUUGAAGGACAGACAAGAACGCCAUGGUUUCAUCCAAGAGAAGAUGUAGGCAAUUAUCGGUGGCCCAAUCCAGGAGAUUCUGAUUACAGAACUUACAUUUUCAAUGGUCGUCGUUAUGGUCAUUAUCCAUCCUCCGAUUAUAGUUUAAAAGUUUCAGAUAGAAAUGAAGCCGGUCUAUACCCGGAAGCAACACCACACAAAAAUAGCCCAAAUUCUGGACAAGUUUCUUUCCCUGGUAUUUUGGCAGGAUGGCGCGAGGAUUUACAAGGCAAAGAACGGCGGGAUUCUUCAACAUUAGAACGCGAUGUGUUCGUAACUACUAAUUAUGGUCAGGUUCAAGGCUUCAAAGUGUAUAUGUACGACAAUCCUGAUCCAAAGUCAUUUUAUCGCCCAUAUCAUUCAACACUAGAUCGAGUCAUGGGUGAAUGCACAGUAUUUCUAGGUAUUCCAUAUGCUAUGCCACCCACUUUUGAGGGACGAUUUAAACCGCCUCGAGUACAUAGAGGUUGGCAAUUGAUGCAAGCUGUAGAUUUUGGUCCAGCCUGUCCUCAACCUCUCCAUUUUAUCGGCACUUCAAAAGGUAUUAAUGACAUGGACGAGGAUUGUCUAUACUUAAACAUUUUCUCGCCUCAGACUGGAGCUGGUGUGGCUCAAAAAUAUCCGGUUAUGGUUUACAUUCAUGGCGGGGAGUUCAUGCAUGGCGCUUCUAACCUCUUCCAGGGUCAUAUUUUGGCUUCUUUCUACGGUGUAGUAGUAGUUACUUUGAAUUAUCGUUUGGGCGCUUUGGGCUUUUUGUCGACAGCUGAUGAAAACUCACCUGGUAAUUACGGAAUUUUAGAUCAGGCUAUGGCUCUUAGAUGGAUUUAUGACAAUAUCGAAUUCUUUAAUGGCGACCGCGAAUCUAUAACGCUAUUUGGGCCUGGAGCAGGUGCUGCAUCAGCUGGCUUACUAAUGGUGGCGCCGUCAACACGUAACAUAGUUAAACGUGUCAUAGCACAAUCGGGUUCAGCUUUAGCAGACUGGGCUUUGAUUCACGACAAAUAUCGUGCUCAAAAUACAAGUCGUGUGUUUGGGCGCUUACUGGGCUGCUCGAUUGAAUCCAGUUGGAAGUUGGUAAAUUGUCUACGUAUUGGUCGCACUUCCCAUGAUUUGGGUAAAGCUGAAUUUCCACCAGAUGUCGGUACCUUUGCGUGGGGUCCUGUAUUGGAUAAGAAUUUUACGGUACCUGGGGAUGAUUGGUAUGAUGGCUGGCGCGAAAAGGAUUGGCACUUCUUAACAGAAACACCACUUGAUCUGGUACAACAGGGAAAAUUUAAUCAAGAAUUGCAUUACAUGGCCGGGGUGACUACGCAAGAAGCAGCUUUCUUUAUUUCGCAAAACAAAAGCUUAGCUCCUUAUUAUCAAAUUGAUAUGGAUUUUUUUGACCAAAAGAUCCGCGAGCAUGUAUUUCACUAUAAUUAUACUUUGAACCCGCUGGGAGUAUACGAGGCUAUUAAAUAUAUGUAUACCUAUUGGCCUGACCCCAAUAACACGACUAUAUUACGCGAUCAAUACAUUAAUAUGCUGUCAGAUUUAUAUUACCGAGCUCCGGUCGAUCAAAUGAUUAAAUUGCUAUUAGAGCGUAAGGUUCCAGUUUACUCUUACGUACUGAAUACGACAGUGGAGGCAUUAAACUUGCCAGAUUGGCGUAAAUAUCCGCAUGAAAUAGAACAUUAUUUUUUAACCGGAGCACCUUUUAUGGACGUGGAAUUUUUUCCAAAAAAGGACCACGUACGCAGGAACAUGUGGACGGACAACGACCGCAAUAUGAGCCACUUUUUUUUGCAAAUAUUUUCGAAUUUUGCUAGAUACGGAAACCCCACGCCCCAACAAGUAUUAGGCUUGCACUUUGAACAAGCCUAUCAAGGCAACUUACGUUAUCUGAACAUUAACACCACAUUUAAUUCGACGAUUAUGUUGAAUUACCGUCAAACUGAAAGUGCAUUUUGGACAGAAUAUUUACCUACAGUGGUUGGGGUGUUGGUCCCUACUUAUCCUCCUACAACCGAAUUUUGGUGGGAGCCCAAAGAACCUCUACAAAUAGCAUUCUGGAGUAUGUCAGUCAUUUGUUUCUUUUUAAUAGUAUUGGUUGUUAUUUGUUGUAUUAUGUGGAGGAAUGCCAAAAGGCAAUCCGAUCGCUAUUAUGAUGACGACGUUUUCUUUAAUGCUGAGGGUACUGAGUACGAUGAAGAACCUAGGGCCGCCGGUGUUGAUAAUACUCACAUGAUCACCAGUCAACAUGGUAUAAAACAACGUAACAACGUUUAUCAAUACAGCGAUUCGGCAUCAGCAAAAACUUUAACGAGCAAAGCUCUCACUGAAACUUCAUCAAUACGUUCCCCCAGCUCGUUGACGAUGCCGCAAAAGUCAGGUAGUCAGUUAUCCCUUAAAUCAACCGUACCACUAAAGGAAUCCAAUGGUGGUGUGUCCACGUAUACUACUACGAGGCUACCUAAUAGUGAGAUUAAUACCCCAACAGAAAGUAUUACUAAUGACGAUUUGGCAACUGUGGUACAACCCCACGUUAUUUAUUCAAUUAAAACUACAGAAGAGAAGAGUUUGUUGCAAAAUCCUUGCGAAUCGCUCGCUUUGUCUCGAACACCUCCAAAAUCUGAAGUAAGUUACCAGUCAGCAAAACCGCUUACUUUAAGUCGAAUAACCGCUCCAAUGGCUAGCAACACAAAAUCAAAUUUACCAAGUGCGCCACAGCAAACACAGCCACUGGUGCGAACGCAAGUUAUUGAAGGAGUCCCACAAACAUCAGUUUAGAAUACCUUCUAUGCACUCUUUUCGCUCCAAAAUGGGCAACGGCAUGAGCAAGUGCACUGGUAAUUGUGUACAUAUUGUAAAUACAGCUUUAAGAUAACAAGUAACAAUAUUUCAUAGAAGAAGUAGAAAACUUAUUUUAAAGUUUAUAAUUGUAAAUUUGUUAGUUACCCAAUCGAUCAAUUUUUACAUUGGUCAUCUUUACCAAGUCUUAGCCUAAUUUCCAUGUCGAUAAUUUAUAAUCUACCGCCUAUUGUUGGCAAAUUAUGUUUGUUUUCAAAUCUCGCUAAAAAUCUGAAAAUAUAUAUAGUACGUUCCAGUGUUCGAUGCUGUCCGAGAAAUUUGUGAAUUUUCUGUUUACGUGUAACGUACUUAGAACUUAGAAUAUUAUAGGUGAAAGAAAUUCCUACAACGUGCAUUGCUUUAGUUUUUGUGGUAAUAACUAAUCUGUACAAAAAGAUAAUAGAGUUGAUAUGUACCAUAUAAUCAAUUGGUAUCAGUUGUAUUUAAAAUGUUACAUUUAUUGAACGAACGAACUACAUAUUUGGGUUAUCUAGGAAGUACACAUAUUUAAGAUUGCAUGUGAAAAUUUCAGAUUAAAACAAAUACUAAGUCCAGUUUGUUAUAUGUGCAUACAUUUGUAUUCAGAUAUGAAAGCUUAUUUUAAUUUUAUAAAUUUACCAAUAAACAUCAAGCCGCGAAUACACAUCCAUAUCAUAACAUUCCUAGUUUUAUUUUUUCCUCUUAGUAUUAUUAUUAUUGUUACUGCUUAAUUUAUAUAUGUAUAUACGUCUGCGAAAAAUCGAAGUUAAAACCGUCCAAUUAUAUUGACAUUGUUUAAUUUAUGUUCGAUCAUGUUUCUUUAGUUAUUGUACAUAAAAAUGAGCAUAAAUUUCAAUAAUCAAAGAUUUAAUUAACGCUUUUUACUGAACGAUAGAUAUUGUAUGCUAAGG